AAAAAAGUAAGUCGCGUGGGCGUGGGAGGAGGGGGCCAAGUCGGGCAAGGGGUACAAGCGGUUGAGGAUUCCGGUGCAAGCGGUCAAUGGUGGAGGCAACAGCAUCCAUCGUAUCAUCAUCAUCAUCAUCAUCAUCACCAACAUCAUCACCAUUAUCAUCAUCAGGCCGGUUAUUAUACGUCGCAAUCGCACACUCACAACAACCCUGUCACGACCAUGAAGCAGUCUUACAUGCAGAAUUUUUUCGUAUCUCGACGUGGUAUCGCUAUGCCGGUGCGCGCAAGUAAGCAAAGCCUGGAACGUGUUGGCGCUCGACGGAUCCAAUUGGCAGAGGAUCGAUCUCUUCGAUUUCCAACGAGACGUGGAGGAACAGGUCAUAAGAAAUAUAUCGAAACGAUGCGGAGGUUUCCUGAGGAAGCUGUCUCUCAGAGGGUGCCAGAGCAUCGGAGACAAUUCGAUGCGUACGUUGGCCGAGUCGUGUGCCAACAUCGAGGAGCUGAACCUCAGCCAGUGCAAAAAGAUCUCGGAUGCUACCUGCGCGGCCCUAAGCAGAUACUGUUCGAAACUCCAACGACUGAACUUGGACUCGUGUCCCGAGAUAACGGACAUUUCCCUGAAGGACCUCUCGGAUGGCUGUCCGCUUCUCACUCACAUUAACCUGUCCUGGUGUGAGUUACUUACCGACAACGGUGUCGAAGCGUUGGCGAGAGGUUGCCCGGAACUCCGUAGCUUUCUGUGCAGAGGCUGCCGUCAGUUAACAGACAGGGCUGUCAAAUGUCUGGCCCGUUACUGCCCCAAUUUGGAGGCGAUCAAUUUACACGAAUGCAGGAAGAUAACGGACGACGCGGUGAGAGAACUCAGCGAACAAUGUCCACGAUUGCAUUAUGUUUGCCUGUCGAAUUGCCCUAAUCUAACAGACGCGUCCCUGGUCACGUUGGCGCAACACUGUCCGCUCCUUAGCGUGCUCGAAUGCGUGGCUUGCACUCAUUUCACCGACGCGGGCUUUCAGGCUCUCGCGAAAAAUUGCAGACUGCUAGAGAAGAUGGAUCUGGAGGAGUGCCUUUUAAUAACAGACGCCACGCUCAUUCACCUGGCCAUGGGCUGUCCAAGAUUGGAGAAACUGAGUUUGUCUCACUGUGAACUGAUCACCGACGAAGGCAUCCGACAGUUGGCUCUCUCGCCGUGCGCAGCGGAACAUCUGGCAGUGCUGGAAUUGGACAAUUGCCCCCUUAUCACAGAUGCUAGCCUCGAUCAUCUUCUACAGGCGUGCCACAAUCUCGAGCGCAUCGAGCUUUACGAUUGUCAACUGAUCACCAGAGCUGGCAUACGUAGACUCAGAACACAUUUGCCGAACAUCAAAGUCCACGCGUACUUCGCGCCAGUGACACCGCCGCCAAGCGCGGGAGCAUCACGGCAGCGAUAUUGCAGAUGCUGCGUCAUUCUGUGAUUUCGCAUAAAAACGACUCUGAUGCAAAUCGUCCGAUGUACCACGCUACCGGUGGACCUUUAAUUUCGAUGGUCGCCGAUUCACGGCGAUCGUGGGACCUUCUCUCUUUCGGUUGCCAGACCGAGACUCUGGGUCGCCUGGCCGUCAACAGUGAGAACAAGCCUCAUCGUGAAUGAAAUCGCGAAUCCUCCGACAGAUAUAUACAUACCAAUUCGACUCGCAACACACGCAAACGAGUACAAAAGAACAGUACGUCACCGUCACCUGAUACAUACACACACACACACACAC